CAGGUAAGGUGUGAGGUGACUUGGGGUGCUCAAGCACACGGUGGCUGUCAGAGCUGUGUCACUGCCUAUACAAGCAGCAGACAUAGCUGCAAGCUUCAGUGUAGCAAAUGCACUGAUGGGGAAAGAGUGGUCUCCCUAUCACGCUUUGUCUGCAUCUCAAACUAUUUCAGUCUUUUUCUGAACCUGUCUAGCGCACAGUUGUCCUAUGAAUAAAGGCUCCAGGAUACAUGCAAUGCUUAUGAACACCCUGCACAUCACUUAGCAGGAAAACCUGAAACUCAGUUGUUUCAGCCUGCUAAGCCAGUCUGCCUCCCUCCCCCACCUCUGCAGCCCACCAUUACCUUUCCUGCAUCUGUGAGAAGCAUGCAGGCUCCUGGGAAGCCAUCUCACUUCUGCUGUCAGACAGUGUAGCCAAAAUAAAGCUGGCUUCCAGCACCACGUCUUCAAUGCUGAAAGCAACUGGUCUAAACGCAAACAGCCACAUACAGGGGUCUAUGUUAAAUGCUUUGUGCACAUAAGAAACUACCUACCCCCAUACUGCAGACUAAUUAGAAAUAUAACUUUUAGCCUGACGUAUCUUACUGUUACAGUUAAAUGCUUGAGUAACCUGCAGAUAAAAAUUGACAUUGUGGUUAUAUCUCAACAAUUUCCAUAGGCAGCUCCGGAACGUACUUCCCAGGCGUGUCAAAAUGGAUUGAGACAGAAACACUGGUAGCUUCUGAAAACGCCAGCAGUCCCUGAAAAGUAGGGGCACUAUUACUGCCGGAUGCUGGAAGACAUUUGGGAAGACCAGAAGCAGCGUGACUUUAACAGAUGGAUCAUAAUAGCUGGAAAACUUCGGAGGACCACAAAAGAGGUCUGAGGUUAUUUGUUCAAAACUGUAAUUUUUUUCCUGGUAUUGUGUAAGUGACAGUGGAAAAUAAGCUCUUCAGCAUCAGGAGUUGCUCACUGUCAUUCAACUGCUUGUUAAUUAUUAUCAGGUGUGUGAAAAGAAAAUCAGAGUGCCACAAUGCAUCACAGUCUCAGAGGCAGUCACAGCUCUGCCAGCACUGCCCAGCUCUCCACAGCCCGGCUGCUGAACAGCACUACCAACGGGUCCCACGUUUCUGUUUCUUUGCUCAGCAGUUUCUAUUCCUCAGCCUCCCCCACACCUGCUGCACGUUCACAUAUACCCUUUAUACCCUUGUGAAGUUCUUAAAACUGUAGAAACAAAUGCUUGUAAGAGAGAUGCCAGCUUCUACGAGGCAGAGCCACCGCCUGCAGAUGAAAACAAGUCUCAACAGCUGCCACCUCCUUGGAAAUUACACCUGAACGUGGAACACAAUCCAUCACCAGGUAACGCACUCAGAGGACGUGUUUUGUUUCAGUGUGUACAGAACAUUUGCUGCAGGCAGUACUUAGCAUCGCAUGUGAUGCAACAGAAGCAAAAUGCCUCUCAUUCCUUCUUCCUCUUCUGCCACUGACACCAGGAAAGUAUUCCCAAACCCCAAGUUCUCCUAAGUAUAUUAAACCCAAAGGAUGACUCAGCAGUGUUCCUUCGUGUUUUGUGUUUCCUUACCAGUGUUUUCCUCAGUGUAACUCUUGAAGCAAACCCUCGUUGGAGUAACUGAUAAGGUGACUUCUUCUUGACUCGUUGGAAAGUGAACCAUUAUAUCAGCCAGCAGCCUAUGAAGAUGAAUUCAGCAUUAAAAUGAUUUCACACGAGACAAGUUAUUGUCGAGCAAUGGCAAAGGGCUGAGGCGCAGCUGUGCAGCAGUAAUGUUGAAAAAACAUGGAUGAGAAGAAGACAUAUGCGUAUGCUGACCGAGAGGAAUUCACUGAUCUUAAGGCAAGCUGGAAAUAAAUGCAAAGUAAUUUAUUAACUCAGAGCUGUUUCAUAUUGAGCCUUUAACAAAAAAGCCAUCUCUGUACCUUCAGCGUGGUAUACUCAAUACCACACCUAAGCCACAAAGCCUUCAUGUGUGUACAUUUCCAAACAAAUCCAGAUGUAUCACUUCUAUUGCCAUGUUCAGACUUAUCCCCUUCGUUAUUACCAGUCAGAAGUCCCAGCCAUAAUGCAGACAUAGAAACCCAAUGCAGAGAUGUGUAAGUGUGUGAACUAAGCCAUGAAGUGCAGGUUACCCAACCCCUUAGAAGUUGUAUUUGAGGUAUGUGAAGGACUGGAGCCUGUUCUAAAACAAUCCAUGAGAUACACAAAUAAGCAGGCACUUCCAGCACCUAAACAACAUCUCAUUUACAAACAGUAUCUCCACUCCUGAUGCACCAGCCCCACAGCAUGUUGAGCUCAUCACUAUUAAUUAAGAAAGCUCUAGAGAAAAACCUAAUUCUGAGGGAAGUGGUGUCUGAUUAACAGGAGCCAUUCUUCCUGCUGAGUCACACCAGGACAAAAACAUGUCAUUUAAAGGCAAUUUCUGAUGCGGAGCAACACAUCAACCUUCUGAUUUGUGACAAUGAGAAUAAAACCCUUGGUAUUAAUCCGGAUGUCCUGGACGACCUUCAGCCUGGGUAACCGAAACCCCAGGAAAAUCAGGGGCAGAGGAAUGGCCCUUCCGUGAUAUCAUCUGCAUAAUUAUAAUCACAGAAAAUAUGGCAUUUGUCCACGUUGAAAGUGGAGGGAGGAAGCUGAGAAUGGAGCUCAGACUGAAGGGUACCUGCAGGAAAAACCAACACCACAAACGCUGUUUCCCAACAAAGACUUUAAACUGUCAGUAAAUACAAUGUACUUACACCUUUGUCUAUGGGAUCAAAGCAGAACUCAUCACUAACCCGCGCCAUGGCAUGUACUGCUCUCCCAAACACUGCCAGGGAAACAAAACAGGACGAGAUGCAUUUCAGGUCAACUGGAAAACAAGUUGCACCUCGUAACUUUCUCCAGAACAAUUUAAGAGGAAAGGUUAGAUAUUUCCCACGCUUUUCCAAGAGAAAUGAUGGUGUGGGGGAAAGCAUUGCUCUUUUUCAGUGUCGCUAACACCUCUGUGUUUCCACCCGCUGAGGAGCGCUGUGGAUUUGGUGGUCCCUUUGCUGCUGUACAACCCGACGUCACCACAAACGAUCUCACUGUGAUGGCACAAAAUGCUGCUUUGGUCAGAAAUGUCACUUUGUGGAUGGCCACAGGACCGAACAAGCAGGACAUAUAGAUCUAGCCCUAAGAAGCCCACAGAGAACCUGCUCUCAGAUUUUACCACAAGCUCAGAGCUCUGUGAGGGAUGAUCACAGUGUGGUGGUACGAGGGAAAGGGCUCCUCUGCUCCAAACCCCACUGUGGCAGCCUCGCCCCACUCGGGGACGGCUCUUCACUCUGUCUCGUUGUGCCACCACCUCCCCUGAGGCAACAGGUACCUCUGAGGUGCGUCCCCCCAAUGACACACUUCAUGGCUGCCCGCCCCGGGACCUCUCUCUCCUCACACAACAGAAAAGGCGGGAAAGCCCGCUCAGAACAAAGGGACCCGGAUGUAACCGCCGGAGAAACGCGUUUCGCGCUCUUUUGGCCGUGCGGUGGAGCCGUAGCGGAGGGGAGGUGGCCGUGGCCUGACUUCCGGGAGAAGCCGCCUGACUUCCGGGAGAGACCUUUUGACUUCCGGGAGCAGGCUCAGCGGGCGGUGCGGCGCCGAGCAGGAUGCUUUCCUUGGUUUAACAUUGAUCACGCCUCGCCCUGUUUCCCAUUCCCCUGUCUGCAAUCAACUCCUCCACCCGCUCAGGCCGGGCACAGAUUGGUGUUAGUAUUAGGAGAUCUUCACAUUCCACAUCGAUGCAACAGCCUCCCGGCCAAGUUCAAAAAGCUGCUGGUUCCAGGGAAGAUCCAGCACAUCCUCUGCACGGGAAACCUCUGCACCAAGGACACUUAUGACUACCUCAAGACCCUGGCUGGGGAUGUUCAUGUUGUCAGAGGGGACUUUGAUGAGAACCUGAAUUAUCCUGAACAGAAAGUUGUAACUGUUGGACAGUUCAAAAUUGGUCUGAUUCACGGCCACCAGGUCAUUCCCUGGGGUGAUAUGGCCAGCCUGGCACUGCUACAGAGGCAGUUUGAUGUGGACAUCCUCAUUUCAGGACAUACACACAAAUUUGAGGCAUUUGAACAUGAAAACAAGUUCUAUAUCAAUCCAGGAUCAGCUACAGGAGCUUAUCAUGCCUUAGAGAACAACAUCAUCCCGUCAUUUGUGCUGAUGGAUAUCCAGGCUUCUACAGUAGUCACGUACGUCUAUCAGCUAAUUGGAGAUGAUGUGAAAGUAGAAAGAAUUGAGUACAAAAAAUCUUAAAAUAUAUUUGCUUGUGUGGUAUUUUUACUGUCUCAUUCCAUGCAUGUUACUACAAUCCUUGAUUGCUAGUUUACAGAACUACACUUAAUGUUUAACAGCUUAACAGUGUAACUUCAUGGUAAUAACUUUAAAACAUUGUUUUCUUCCUUUUUCUGUAUGAAUAGAUUUGUAAAAUGUGUCACUAACUGUUGAAGUACAGUUCCUUCAUGUUGUCAUAAAUUCCCCUUCAUAAAAAAAAAAGCUUUAUGAACUGUUCAAGAUGCAACAGUUGCACUUGGUUUUGAGAUGUCUGCCUGUGUUUUCCUUUGGCAAUGCUUAUCAGAUGUCACCAGAACAGUGCAUGGAGCUUUCAAAAAGAAGACUGUAAAAGGCUUGAACCAAAAUAGCAAGGCCCCUUGGAGGCAUGUUUGGUUUGCUUCAAAAUCCAUUUGAGAUGUGGAUUUCUCAUUCAGUAUAAUGUAGUCUUUUAACUUAAUUGGAUAUAUUUUUGGAAGAAAAAAAAAAGUAGAAUGAACGCAUACCUUGGAGUAGUAAUUUCACUGCAGAAAGCUGAACCUGAGUCUUUUUAAUACUCAAAGCACCACUGUGCUUUAAUGAACGACAGUCUCAUUAAAUCUGUGAACAGUGAUGAGCUUUCCUUUAUUUAUAGCUUAUAUUUGAUAUUAUGGCUACCCACUUUGCUCUGUGUAAAAAGGUUUUAAAUGAUGUAAUUCCAUACAGCACUUGUACUGCUGCCGAAGGCUAAAAGGUUGGUUGUUCAGGAAGACUGGAGCUUUUGUCUCUCCUAGUCUCAGGUAUCUGCAGGGAACUGAAUGUAUUUUAACAGCUCUUGCUUCUUAUGACUGCUGAUUUGCCAAUAUAAAUAAAGUUGUCUCUGCACAACAUCUGGAGUUUAGAAUGGUGGCCUGUUGCCUUUGCAUAUGUUGUCCUUGGCAGUAAAAGAAAGGGUAGUGAAGUGUUUGUGCAGAAAGCUGUGCUGUAGUUGUCACAAAGGUUUGUGUGAUACAAAUGAGUUAUCCAUAAAGCCCGAAGGAUCAGCUAGAACCUUUAGUUCUGUGUCAUUAACUUUGGCUAAAUGCCUUACUUCUAUUUGAAAUAAACCUGCUUUGCUUACAAAAAGACUCAGUGUUUGAGCUUGGUAACUCAGGAUGCUGUGGCUAACUGCUGUUUUGUGCAGUGAAAUACACACUCCUUGAAUGCCUACAGCAGGAAAAACAACAUCACCAACUUUUCUUGACAAAUUUAUCUGUACAUCAAAGUUUAUAAGACUCUAAGGUCAAUUUUGAUAUUUAAGUCAGUUUAUUUGUGCUCACUGUAAUUAAAAUCACAAUUUGUCUGUAUAUUUUACAUGAAGCUGCCUAUAAACUAUAUUUUACACGAAGCACAAUGCUUCCAGUUUAAAACUUGAUCACAAUUAUGUAAAAUUAUGUCUGUGUGAACGAAAUCUUAGUGAACCUAACAGCAGGCUUCAACAUAGAGAAAUAAUACAGAAUGAAAUAAAACUAAUCCUUCUUAAAGUCAAA